AUGGAUAACAAUACACAUGCUGGACUUGACACAAACCCACUUAGAGAUGCUGCUUAUUCGCCUGCCACGGACUCAGAAGGGGGAACCUUUCAAUCGCUAACAGCUCUGGUCGGCAAAAGCCCUACAGCCGGUGAGGCCAUUCUGCAACAGUCGUUCGAUCUGCCAUCGCUCCCGUUGGAUCUUUUGAUCCACGGUGAGGUGGGGCGGGGCGGGAGGAUCCGCCAUCACUCCCUCAACGCGGUGUCCUCGGACGACGUCUCGUACAGCCGCCCGAUCUCCGAUUCCGCCACCCCGAACACCCCUUCCCCCAUCGCCACCACCCCGAAAAGAACCUUCGACGUCGGGCAGGUCCUCGCGCCGAUGGAGGCCCUUCCAGUCGUCGCGGCCCUGUCGGCCUGUGAACGGGAGCGCGCCCCGACCCCGGUGCUCUCUCGAAGCAACUCAAGAAGUCCCUCGAACGUCCACACCUUCACCGCCGCAAACCUUUCUCAGGCCUCCAAAGUGCCGUCCUGGCGCCCAUCCAGCUCGGGGUCGGUUAAAAUGGCCAAAUCCAGGGAUCUUCUUUUAGCCCACCAGACGCCAUCUGAAAAAUUUCAAAAGGGAGCGUGUCCUCCUACUAUGAAUCUCACGGAAAGCAAAACGCAAGCGUGGGAAAUAGGGGUGAAGUCUAGUAAUGCGGUAUCAGUUGGAAAACGAGAUGUUCAAACGGGUGAAAAAGCCGCAGAUCAUAUAUCACCGCCACGCUCGCGAAUUACCUUAAAGGUAAGCAUCACAAACAUCUAUGGUGAAACCCCAAACUUGCCCCUGCCCUCAGCUCCUUCAAAGAAAACUCCUAAACAACAGUGCACUGCCAGCGUGAUCAUAAUGGUGCUUUUAGCGCUCUUUUUCAAGCCUCUGUUAUGGGGAUAUCGCAUCCUGAAAUGGGUGAUUUGGGCAUUGUUUUGGAUGAUAGGAACGACGUUAUUGUAUUUACUACUUGUGGCUUUCAUUGACAUCUCUAAAUCUCUAUAUGACCGACAUAGGGAGAAAUAUAUUUAG